AUGCUCCAGGGACCGGCUUCUAGCAGCGCCUGUGAUGGGGGGGCGCAGAGAGCAGAGAGGGUGCGGAAGGUGGUGGAGGCGGGGAGAAAGAAGGGAGGCGGAGAUUUGGGGAGACUGCUCUUCCUAUGCUGUCAUCAGCUCCCUGGAGUACCUUUGCUCCUGCUAAAUUGGUGUGUGUGGUGUGUGUGUGCAGCUGGACACCGCCUCCCCACCUUCCAGGAUUACGGAACUAGAGAGAGGUGGACACCAUUCAGGAAGUGGGGGACGGAUGGCGACGCCCUCAGGCUCAAAGAGGACGAGUCGAAGGAAAGAGGCGGUGAGGGGGGAGGGAAGAGAAAAGGGCCGAGUCUUGACGCAUGCGCACAUCUCUCCGAGUCCGGUUCGGUUUCUUCCUUUCUCCCGGGCCGAGGUGCUGAGCCGACCCGCACGUGGAGCAUCAUGGUGGUGGGCACGGGCACUUCGUUGGCCCUCUCUUCGCUCCUGUCCCUGCUGCUUUUUGCAGGGAUGCAGAUGUAUAGCCGGCAGCUGGCCUCCACAGAGUGGCUUACUAUCCAAGGAGGAUUGCUGGGCUCAGCACUCUUUGUUUUCUCCCUCACUGCCUUCAACAAUUUGGAGAACCUGGUCUUUGGUAAAGGGUUCCAGGCCAAGAUAUUCCCUGAGAUUCUCAUCUGCCUCUUAUUGGCUCUCUUUGCCUCUGGCCUCAUCCACCGUGUCUGUGUAACCACCUGCUUCAUCUUCUCCAUGGUUGGUCUUUACUACAUCAACAAGAUCUCCUCUGCUUUGUACCAAGCAACUGCCCCAGUCAUUGCCCCUGCCAAGGUUACAGGCAAAAGCAAGAAGAGGAACUGACCCCGAAAUGACCAAUAAAGCUGACUCCUUUGUAA